GUUUGUGUUCUCCCGGCAGAUUCGGAGCACAGCACCAGCUCGGACACCGAGGUCCUGGCGGAGAGGACGUCCUGCUCCUAUGAAUCCUGCCCGGAUCUGGCUCCUCCUCGGGUCCCCGAUCCCCAGACUCUGUCGGUGUCCUCUAUGGAUGAGAUCCAGGUGGAGCUGCAAUGCGCUGACCUCUGGAAGAGAUUCCACGACAUCGGCACCGAGAUGAUCAUCACCAAAGCGGGCAGGAGAAUGUUCCCAGCCAUGCGGGUGAAGAUCUCCGGAUUGGACCCCCACCAGCAGUAUUACAUUGCGAUGGACAUCGUACCUGUGGACAACAAAAGAUACAGGUACGUCUAUCACAGCUCCAAGUGGAUGGUGGCUGGGAAUGCUGACUCGCCCGUCCCUCCCCGCGUUACAUCCACCCGGACUCCCUGGCCUCUGGGGACACCUGGAUGAGGCAGGUGGUCAGCUUUGAUAAGCUCAAACUCACCAACAACGAGCUGGACGAUCAGGGACAUAUAAUCCCUGCACUCCAUGCACAAGUAUCAGCCCCGUGUCCACGUCAUCCGCAAAGAUUUCAGCAGCGAGCUGUCACCCACCAAGCCCGUUCCCACCGGAGAAGGAGUGAAGACCUUCAGCUUUCCCGAAACUGUGUUCACGACAGUGACGGCCUACCAGAACCAACAGAUCACGAGGCUGAAGAUUGACAGGAACCCCUUCGCCAAAGGAUUCCGGGACUCGGGAAGGAACCGCACGGGCCUGGAGGCCAUCAUGGAGACGUACGCGUUCUGGAGGCCACCCGUUCGAACUCUUACCUUUGAAGAUUUUACGACCAUGCAGAAGCAGCAAGGUGGCAGCACCGGGACGUCUCCUACCACAUCGAGUACCGGCACUCCAUCCCCGUCUGCAUCGUCUCACCUGCUCUCCCCGUCUUGUUCUCCUCCGACUUUCCAUCUGACGCCCAACUCUUUCAACGUCGGCUGCCGGGAGAACCAGCUGUGCAACCUCAACCUGUCCGAAUACCCGGCCUGCGCUCGGAGCAACAUGGCCGCCCUCCAGAGCUACCCGGGCUUGAGCGAGAGCGGAUACAACAGGCUCCAAGGUGGCAACUCCACCGGCAGUCAACCGACGGAGACCUUUAUGCCCCAGCGGACUUCAUCUCUCAUCUCCGGCAUGCCCACCCCGUCAUCUUUGCCAAGCAACAGCAAGAUGGAGGCCUACAGCGGGCAGCUGGGCGCCUAUCCCACCUCUCAGUUUCAGUACAUGAUGCAGGCGGGAAACCCUUCGUCCAGCUCCUCGUCUUCACACAUGUUCGGAGGUGGCCACAUGCAGCAAGGCUCCUACAAUGCCUUCUCCAUCCACAAUCCUUACAACCUUUACGGAUACAACUUCCCGGCCUCUCCCCGGCUAGCCACGAGCCCCGAGAAACUGACUGCUCCUCAAGGCACUUUACUCUGCUCCUCACCGUCCAACGUGGCCUUUGGAGACCGGCAGUACCUGUCCUCCGGCAUGGAUGCCAUGCACAUGAUUGCCAGUCCUUCGGGCAACCAGCAGGCCACAAACGCCUGCGACAGCAGACAGUACGGAGGUGUUCCCGGGUCUUCUUCACAAAUGUCGGUACACAUGGUUUGA